AUGUACCACUACGCUCAUCUACGCUCAUCAAAUGGGUUUGCCGCCAUCAAAAACGCGUUGAUUGCCAGCUUUCAUGGAAUCUUGAUACCAGAGUUGCUUGAAAAGAUCAUACAGGCUAUCUCGACAAGUGUUGAAAAGUUGACGGAAGUGGUGUUGUCUUCGACCGCGACAGCUAGCAACUAUCACUGA